UGAGGCGGCCGGGGCGGGGCCUGGUCACGCGCAGUGCUGGGGCUCGCGGUCGGUUCCGGUGGCGGUUGGUUUAACCGUCUCCCGGUUUGAAUUUGAAUCGCGGCGGCGGCGGCGGCGGCGACAGGACAGGGCUAUGGCCGGGGUUUGCCGACCUCUGAGGCUCCCUCUCCCACUCCGGGCCGAGAGCUUUAGGCUCUGGAAUUCCUGGAGAUCAGUGAGUCAGAGCAAAGGGGGCCUGAAGAAAGAGCCUUUGAAAAAGCCUGUCACCCCCGUCGGUUGCUUUGAUAAACCACAGGAGAGCUCAGCGGAAAAAGAUCCCCUGGAACGUUUUCCUGAUGACAUCAAUCCAGUCACAAAGGAAAUGGGUGGGCCCCGAGGCCCUGAACCAACCCGCUAUGGAGACUGGGAGAGAAAGGGACGAUGCAUUGACUUCUAAGUUGCUCUGCUGUACAGCAUUGUGCAUUUAAAUAUAUUGAGAGUAAGUUGUGCAGCUCCAGCAAUGCCACGGCUGUGUUCAGCAUAGGGUUCCCAGAGGUUGCAUUUGUGUGAAUAUGCAGUUACUUACUUGCCUUUGGAAAGAUAACAAAACAAAUGGGACAAUUGAGAUUCUAGCCUCUUUGAAAGAAAAUGAUUACAAAUGGCAAUGUUUUAGACUGUAAUUAAAAGUAUAAAUAUAUUUAUGUUGUACAAAAUCCAAAUAAGAUCCAAUGUGAAGAUGAACUAGUGGUCCUGUUGUUACGUGGGAAGUAACACCACUCAAUGCAUCUCGGCGCUUAAAUAAUUCACUUACUCUGUGUGUGUGUGUGUGUGUGUGGCCUAAUCAUUAUUUUAACAGGACUAAGUAGCUAAGGCACGGCCCAAUCUGAUCAUUGGGAUGAAAGCCCGGCCCAGAGAUCAGCCGUCAAGGCAGGGCUUAGUAUGAACAGCAGGGUCAAGCCACAACCCGGUGUAACCAACGCGGGCAAGGUAGGAUCUGGGGAGAAAGUGGAAGAGUCAGAAACAAAACAAGUCAUGUUGCAGGAGGCAGAAUGUUCUCCUGAGCAACUCUGCCUGGACUGUACAGAUUUCCAGAGUGUAGUGCUGAGUGUAGCCUAUACUGUGUAAAUCUAAAGCCAGCCUAGAAUUCAGGAAGAAAAUUACAGAUCUGAUGAAAGAACCUUGUUCUACGAAAGUCUUAUGCUUGCACUUCUAGGAAGGGGAGGGUGCAUUUCUGUUCACUGCUCUAUACUCCCUUCUGCAAAACAUAGACGUGGACAGGAUUAGACUAGUCUGUGAUACCCAUGUAGGCAGAUAGCUUGUCAGCAAGCAAUAGAACUCUGGGACAUGCUUUCCAAAUCCCUAUUCCUUGCACCUUCUUUCCCUGCCUCAAAACCCUUCUUAAAAAUAAUCGUGCCUUAAUCAGUGUCCUUGAACAGCCCUUUCCUACUUGUUAAUUCACAUCUUUAUAAAGCACGUUGAAACUUGAUUCUACACACACAUAUGUUCAAGCCAUUUGGCUCAGAUCAUCUAUAUUGAUACUUAUGCUCCAAACUAGCCUCCACCCAACCUAAUUCCACACACCCUCUAUUUCCUUCUCUCUUGUGUGUGCAUUCGUGAGAUGACAUUUGGUCUCAGCUCCUCAGGGUAAACGGGGAAUAUCUGCCAAGCUAACCACUCCUGAUUGUUAACAUUGCUGGAGUGUCUGUGAGGGCAAACAGGCUGGAGGGAAGCUGUCAACUACACUACUAGGGCUCACAGGUAAAUACUGAGCACUCGGACAAUGUACCAGAGUGCGUCUAGUGCUUAUGAAAUCGUUCCGGAAUAGCAAAAACUCAGAAGAUGAGAAUGUGGGGAAAUAUUGGUAAGAGUGAAAGAAAACAAAUGUUGAUAUUGAAAUAAAAGCCUACUGUGUAAUA